AGGUGGCACAGGAGCUGCCAUGGAGCCACCAGCAGCCAGGGCCAUGCUGGGGCUAGUGCUGGUCCUGCUCUGCCUCCAGCUCGGGGAGGGGAGCAUAAGGAUCCCCCUGAGGAAAGGCAAAUCCAUGAGGGAGCUGAUGAGAGAUAACGGGGUGCCAGAGGGUGUCCUCAAGGACCUCAGAGGGGACCCUGGUAGGAAAUACCAGCCCAGUAAUGCUGUGGCUUAUGAGACACUAACAAACUACCUGGAUUCCUUCUACUUUGGGGAGAUCAGCAUCGGGACCCCCCCACAAAACUUCUUGGUGCUCUUUGACACCGGCUCUGCCAACCUGUGGGUGCCCUCCACUUACUGCCAGUCGCCAGCCUGUGUGAAUCAUGACACAUUCAACAGCAGCCAGUCAUCCACCUUCUCAGGCACUGGUGUGAUCUACACCCUGAGAUACGGCUUCGGUGACCUCUCGGUGACAUUAGGGUACGACACCGUGACAAUCCAGAACAUUGUCAUCAAGAACCAGGAGUUUGGCCUGAGCCUGGAAGAGCCCAGCAAACCCUUUUUCUACCUGGACUUUGAUGGGAUUCUGGGCAUGUCUUACCCAGGUGUUGGCAUCAGUGGUUACAACACACUGAUGCAGAACCUGCUGCAGCAGAACCUGCUCAGUGAACCCAUCUUCAGCUUCUAUUACUCCCGCAACCCAACAUACGAUUACGGUGGGGAAGUCAUCCUCGGAGGGGCCGAGCCCCAGCUGUACUCUGGGGAAGUUUUAUGGGCUCCUGUGAUCCAGGAAUUGUACUGGAAGAUCAGUAUUGAGGAGUUCUCCAUCGGGCCAUCAGCCACUGGCUGGUGCAGCCAAGGUUGCCACGGCAUUGUGGACACCGGGACAUUCCUGCUGACUGUGCCAGGACAAUUCCUGUCAGCCUUCCUGCAGGCACUGGGUGCAGAGGAGAGUGACUAUGGGUUCAUUGUGGACUGCAGCAGCACCCCAAACAUGCCCACGCUCUCCUUUGCCAUCAGCGGAGCCCAGUUAUCGCUGCCUCCCUCUGUCUAUGUCUUAAAUAAUGAUGGUGUCUGCAUUGUUGGGGUUGAGAGCACGUAUGUGACCUCUGGCAGUGGCCACCCACUCUGGAUCCUUGGCAACAUCUUCCUCCGGCAGUAUUACUCCAUCUUUGACAUGGCCAACAACAGAGUCGGCUUUGCCCUGUCAGCUUAGGGAUACUGAGCAUCACCCAUGAGAUCAUUUGUCACUGCAACACCUUCUCCUCCAGUGAGACCUGUGCAUGGUGAUGAGCAGUCUCCAAACCUCCUGUGGUGAAUAAAAGGGUUGAAAAUCA